UGCGCACCGGGAGCCCAGUCAAUGCUUGCCUCUUUCCACCACGUCCUGUCCUUCGAUCCCGACGUCAAACGUGUACUUUUGGUGAAAUACGUUGGCCAGCAUUUGUACUGGGAGCAACGUCCAUCUAUGGAAACAUUCCCGGGAACACCGUUCAUCCCCUCCGCAACCGCAUGGCCCUGCAAGCCGACAUUGGCGAUUGAACAUGCUAGACCCGAAUCCCCCGAUCUCUGUGCCAUGCCGUGCGGUCUUCCAUUGUACGGACGCCGGCUAAGCGCUCUCCUUCACAUGGUCCAACACCAGCGCAGCUUGGACACCAUUCCGACGGAUCUGAUUGACUGGUGACAGCAGGACAAUGACACAUUGUCCGACCCAAAAAUACCGUUGAUCACGUCGGGACAUGCAACUUGAUUCGAACAAUGCGAUCUGGUUAUUCCACAAGGCUGUCGGCGUCUGUCCGUGGUUCUUUCGAUUGCACCCGGACUCGCUGCUUCCUGAACCAUGUCUUCCUCUGCUUUGGCUCACUGCCAGACUUUGAAAUGU